AUGGGCGGCAUGCUCCAGCAGCAGCGGGGCCAGUGGCAGAACGAGGGCUUUCAGCAGGACGAGACCGGCUUGGAGGACGUGCCCCACCUGGAAGUUGACAUGACCUACUCCGAGCUGCUGGCGCUGAGCACGCCGCCCCUGCCCAACCUGCCCCGCGCGACGCCGCCGCCGCAGGUACUGCGCGCGAUGCACGCCGGCUCGCUGCAGCAGUCGCAGUGCGAGGCGCUGCAGGCCCGCAUCGCACAGCUGGCGGCGGCGGCAACCAGGUGGCCCGGCGGUUCGCCGGGCGCCGCCAGGCCGGAGGCCACGGCCAGGCCGCCGCCGGGCUUCGAGCAGCCCCGGCCAGCGGCGCCGACCCCUCCGGCGUCGACUCGCUUCAGCCCGCCGGGGACCCGCCUGGGCAGGGUGGCGGGCAGCGCCGCCGAGGGCCCGGCCGCGGGCGCGCAGCGGCCGCUGCCCAACGCGGAGGCCAUCGCGGCCAGGCUGAAGGUCAUCGAUGCCGCCCGCGCACCGCCGGCGGACCCGGACGGCGAGGCGCGCCCGGGAGCGCCGCAGGCUGGCACGGGCCGCGAGGCGCGCCACAGGGCCAACCUCGGCGACGUCAACUUCAGCGACAUGGCGCCUCGGGAGCCGCCCACGACGCGCCUGGUGCGCCUCCUGCCCGGGACGCCGCUCGCGGCGCAGCCGCAGCCGCAGCCGCGGCCGAGGGCCGCCUCGGAGGAGCUCGACCCUCCGCCGCCGCCACCGACGGAGGGCCCCUCCGAAGACAACGCCCCGCCACCGCCGCCGCCCCUCGCGCCCCCCCCGGCCGCCCCUCCCACGGCGCCGCCCGGCCACGGCUACAGCGCCUCCGCGCCGCUGGCCCUGCGCUCCUCGGCCGCGGGCGCGCCGCCGGAGACGCCCCGCGAAGACCCCUGGGACGCCUGGGGCCGCCCCGCGGAGCUGCCCGCGCACCCCAUCGACCUGCCGCACUUCUUCGAGCUGCGCGACAACUUCCUCUACUGCCUCCUGUGCAACCAGUGGGCCGAUCAGGGCCACAUGGGCUCCAAGAAGCACCUGAAGCGCACCGAGCACGCGGAGUGGUACCUCAGCGAGAAGCAGCAGCCGGACGGCUCCGACGGCGCCCUGCGCGCCAUCACCGCGGAGGCCGCGGCGAGCAGCGCGGCCCGCCCGCAGCAGCCGGCCGCACCGGCCGCGGCGCCAGCAAGGCCCGCGGGCGGCAGCGCGGACGCGGCGGAGCCGGAGGCCGCGGACGGGCAGCGGAGGUGCUCGUACUGCCACAAGCUCGUGGGCGACUACCGCCCCCCCGCGACGGGCAAGUGGAAAAAAGUGAGCUACUGCGAGGAGUGCUGGGACUGGUGGUACACCAGCGGGCAUGGCGGCGGGGGCAGCGGCAGCAAGACCAAGCAGAAGGAACCGCCUUCGCAGCUUGCGCUGCUGGACCACCCAGCGGACGCAGGAGCGCCGCCGCCGUCGCAUAGCCUUCCCGAGCGCGGCUCGGACGCGAAGCCCGGCGGGACGCAGCGGUGGUUGGACAUGGACGAGAUAGAGGUCUGA